AUGAAGUUCAUCACUCUAUCCGCCAUUCUCGGCCUCGCUGGUGCCUCAGCGGCUGCCCUCACCGCAGUCCCCAUCAUUGAGAAAAUCGCCCCCAAGUCAAAGAGCUGCCCCUCUGGAAACAAAGACUGCCGCACCGCCGAACAAGCUGCGCCUUUCCUCAUCAAUGCCUUCAAGGACUACGACAUUUAUGACACCAAGAUGAUGGCCGCUGUACUUGCCCUCAUGGCUUUCGAGUCGGGCGACUUCCAGUACAAGCGCAACCAAGUCCCCGGCAGACCCGGCCAGGGUACAGCCAAUAUGCAGAUGCCCAACUACAACCUCCUCUACGCAAAGUCCAUCCCUGAGCUCGCAUCCAAGUUUGAGGGUGUCGACUCGGUGGACGGCAUGUCGGAUGACGACCUCAACAAACUGCUCGACGCUGUUACCGUCGACAAGUACAACUUUGCCUCUGGUGCUUGGUUCCUUGCUAAGCAGUGCAAGCAAGAUGUGAGGGAUGCCUUUAAGACGGAUGCCGAUGCGGGCUUCAAGGUUUACAUCGAGGAGUGUGUUGGUACUGAGGUCGAGCCCAGACUGGAGGUCUUUGGUGUCGCCAAGGAGGCCUUUGGACUGUAA